CACACACACAGAGAGAAACGCCGUAGAGACGGACCGAAGUCUGAUUGGCCCAGCGUCCCGCCAAUCAGCAAUAUGUUCACGUUCCUCUGCCGCUGACGUCACGGGGCAGGGCACCGCCCCCUGUGCAGUUAAAGCCGUUCCGUCUGUUUGUCGCCGGGAAAAAACUGAACAUUGCACUUUUGUCCAUAAGAGGGAGUCAAGUUUCUUAUACGCAGGUUUCGCCCACUUUCACAACAGAGCUCCACUGACCGGAGAGGGGGGAAUAUUGCUUGACAACGAUUAUUUUUCUCCCAUCGUGGCUGUUGGAAACUCAUAUCUGCGGUCGGAUAGUCGGUGUGUCGGUCAGUCCACCCUUCAGCCUCCAACCCGCAACUUUGCCUCUUCGCUGCUGCUGAAGAACGAGCGGGUUCAUGAUCACCAGGAAGCUCCCGAUUUUUUUGGAUUAACUCGCAGGCGACGAUAUAUAAAUAUAUAUUUUUUUCUUUUACUCUUUUUUGUGUGUUUGUUUUCUUGCAACGGAGAGACUUUUUUUUUCUCGGUGAAAAUGUUGUGGAAAUUAGCCGACAACGUGAAAUAUGAGGAUGACUGUGAGGAAAGGCACGAUGGAAGCAGCAACGGGAACCCCCGGCUGCCUCACCUGCCGGCGGUCAGCCAGCACCUCUACAGCCCGUCUCCCUCCCUCUCACACUCGGCCAGUUCGGACUUCCAGCCCCCGUACUUUCCUCCUCCCUACCAGCCCAUCUCCUACCCGCAGUCCAGCGACCCCUACUCCCACCUCGGCGACCCCUUCAACAUCAACUCCAUACACCAGUCGCCGUCGUCGAACCAGCAGCAGCCGUGGCCCGGCCGCCAGGGCCAGGAGGGGCUCGGCGCGCACAGGAGCGGCCUGGCGAGUCAGAUCCUGGGCCUGGAGGGAGGCUCGUCCGGGGUGAGGAGGGAAGGUUUCCGCCGGCCGGAGCUCCUGCCGCCCCACACGCACAGCCUGGAGUCGUCGGUUCUGGGUGAUAAUAUGGGGAUGCACGACAUGGGCCACGGACUGGAGGAUGUUCAACAUGUAGAUGACCACAGUAUUAUUAUGGCAGAUCAGACAGUCAUCAAAAAAGUAUUAGGACUACGAGGUGGCAGGAACCUUGAUCGCUUACAGAGGACUUAUUAUCAGGGGGGCAUUCUUGCGGGACCUGUCACUCUACCUAAAGGCAACGCACUGGGCCUUCCCUUCCAGAAAGAGUCCCUGCUGGGCAUGGUAUCGAAUCCCACGGAGGUGUUUUGCUCCGUACCCGGCCGCCUUUCCCUGCUGAGCUCCACGUCCAAGUACAAGGUUACCGUGGCAGAAGUCCAGAGACGUUUGUCACCCCCAGAGUGCCUCAACGCAUCACUUCUGGGAGGCGUUUUGCGCAGAGCCAAGUCGAAAAAUGGAGGUCGUUCUCUGAGGGAAAAGUUGGAUAAAAUUGGGCUCAACCUGCCAGCAGGAAGAAGGAAGGCCGCCAACGUAACUCUACUUACCUCACUCGUAGAAGGUGAAGCAGUUCAUUUAGCAAGAGACUUUGGUUAUGUGUGUGAGACUGAGUUCCCUGCAAAGGCAAUUGCUGAAUACCUGGGUAGACCGCAUGUAGAGCGCAACGAGGUUAACUCUCGCAAAAACAUGCUCCUUGCUGCCAAACAAAUCUGCAAAGAGUUCACAGACCUGCUCACUCAGGACCGUUCACCUUUGGGAAACUCUCGACCUGCACCCAUCUUGGAGCCUGGAAUCCAAGGCUGCCUGACUCACUUCAGCCUCAUCACUCAUGGCUUCGGCUCGCCGGCCAUCUGCGCCGCCAUGACCUCGCUUCAGAACUACCUGAACGAGGCACUCAAACAAGUGGACAAGAUGUACCUGAGCUCUGGUAGCGACACCCAGGGCUCCUCAGACAGUGGGAGCAAAUCUACUGACAAAAUGGACAAGCACAGGAAAUGAGAGCUCAAAGGAGAAUCCCUAUGAACUUCAGAACCCCCCCGAGUCCCUAAAUCUAGCCGCCCUGUCUGUCCCCUUUUUUUGGACUUUUAAAAAAAAAAAAUCAAUAUUUAGUAUUGUCAUUUUGAGAGCUGAAUUUGUGUGUGAGUGUAUACGUGUGCUUGCUAUGUAAAUUUCUAUUUUUGAGAAGUUGAGUUUUUUUGUCAGCUUGUCUCAGAUCGCUGCGAAUCUGUCAGUGCUGGCACCAGUGGUGAAUGCUGUGGACUGGUCUUAAUGGGAGCCCACUCUAUGAUAGGUCCUAUGGUCCUACAACCAUAGCACCUAUCAUAUCUUCUCUCGCUGGAUGUGCUCAGACAGUUACACCAGUUAGUUACAGUUGUCAGUUUUGUGUCCUGUACUUGCAAACCUUUGAACCAGCUCGUCCAUCAGAGACAAGACACUGCUGUGUGUCCCUUAACUCCUGGUGGUUCAUUGAGUGUACAGCCUGACCUUCUGUCAGCAGGUGGUGAGGCCGUGAGACUAGACUGUCAUCUUCUUUCAGUAUGAACAGCUUUAGAGCAUAGGUUCACAGUUUUUAAGCUUGCCUUUAAACAACUCUUUUGUGCACGUAAAGAACAAUGAUUUAACCGUUCUGUUGUUGAGAAGAGGGGAAAAAAAACAAAGUGCAUUCUGUGUUUUGUUUUUUUUUCUCCGUAGAGGACAUCAUUUCAAGAUGAGUUGCUGUGGCUGUGAAUUCCUCUCAGCUUUCCCCCUCCUGCUCUGUCUGGAGGCAAAUCCACUGAUUUCCUGUGUCUCAAUGGACUUGCAAAGGACAAUUUUUUUGUGUGUGUGUGAGAGAGAGAAAAGAAAAUCCGCUUCAUUUUCUUGACUUUUUUUGUGCUUGAUUUGUACAACAACUUCAAAAUGGCUCCAGUGUUAUUGUGCUUUGUUUGUUGGAGAUGAUUUGAAUCUUGCGUCGGCCUGGAGAAACGAUUCCUGGGUCGUCAGUUUGUGCUAGGUCAGAAAGCAGAGACUUCAAAGUUGCUCUGAUGGAAACCUCUUCAGUGUUCACGUGGAUUACAGGCAACAGUCGCACUUCCACUGUUGCUUUAUCUUUUAAACAUGGCAGUGAGAAUAGAAUAUUUCUGUGAAGAAGGUAGUCAUUAUCCUUAGUAUUUAAAAACCACAUGUUACCAUCGACCGACCAAACAAGCUCAGUCCUGCCAGACUGUGUGUAUGUAUGUUGUGAGAAUGUGUGUAAAUGUACAUAUUUCUUUCUUUUAAAAAAAAUGUUUUUAAUUAGACAUUAAAUUCCAAACAUAGAAUUUUAUCCAGUGUCUUGUCCUGGAUGUAAAUAUUUUCUAAUUUAUGUUGUAAUUUAAUGGGCUUGUGUAAAUAAUGGUAUCAUCUGGUGUACGGUUUAACUUUUUAUGAUGACGUGUUCAACUUUUAUAAAUGGGUUAGUUUUUUAUCGAGUAGAGGUUAGGAAGUGGGCAUGAUAUACAUUUUUUUGAAAAUAUGUUUUAAAAAAAACUGUUCUAAAGUUUCAGGAAAAAUAAAAUGAAAGCCUCAAGCCUGA